AGCCCUAGCCUCGAUCAUUCAGUAUCGUGAUGAACCGUGUGCUCUCGUCGUUGCUGAAACAAUGCUUCUCUCUCAUGAAGCUAGACUUGAGCGUACACCUCGUGCUGCAUCUCAGGAUCCUAUUGCUCUCAAUGUUACACAAGGUACGGUUACUCCUUCUGUUAACUCCACGGUUUCUAUGGUAUCUGACGCUACUUCUCACGAUUCUGCACCUCAAACUGAGUAUUCUCGUGGAGGACGUGGUGGUAGAGCUUCAACCUACAGAGGUGGUGGACGUAAUGGUGGACGUAACCGUGUUCAGUGCCAAAUCUGCUCCAAACCUGGUCAUGAUGCCAAGGUUUGUUACUACAGACUUCCAGUUCCUUCAUCAAAUGCCUCUCAGUGGCGUGCUCCUAUGGUACCUGUGCAAGCUUCUCAGUGGUAUCAAGGUGCUCCUGCACAACAUGCACCUAAUCAAUGGAUUGCUCCACAGUUUGUUCAGAUGCGCACUCCUGCUGCAGCAGUUAGACCUGAUAAGCAACCUCAAGUGUACGUUGCUGGUACAGGAGCAGUGGCAAGCCAAUCUGCCUCCCCUUGGUAUGCUGAUUCUGGUGCUACGCAUCAUGUGACAAACUCUGCAGAGCAUUUUCUUGAUAGCAUCCCUGCAUCUGGCACUGAUCAAGUGACACUUGGAAAUGGUCAAGGCUACUUCUGAGGUGCUACUACAAGGAGAACUUGGCAAAGAUGGACUUUAUUCCUUUGGAUCUCUUCAGGCCAUCUCUUCUCCCUCUAAGCAUUUUGCACCUACUGUUCACACACUCACUAGCAAUAAUUCUUCCCUCUCCCGUUUUACUUCUAGUGGCAAUCAAGGUACACAGAGUUUAGGACCCUCUCUGUAUGAGCAAUGGCAUAAGAGACUAGGCCAUCCUCAUCAUGAGGUCCUUAAGGCUGUACUUACCAAAUGUAA